UUGAGAGCAGCGAGUUUUGCAGAGCGUAAACAGAUGGCGGAACCGAGAAGGCCACCUCCUCCCAAGUCUUACGUCCCUUUGGACCUCAGCACGGGCCCGCCAAAGCUGCCCCCUCGACCCACAUCUGCAGACGCCGGUCCACCUCCGAACUACACUCCUCCGCCGCCACCAAUGAGCGACGAGGAGGAAGAAGAGGACCUGGGGAGGAGAGACCCAUCAACUAGCACCCCUGUCAACAGUGCUGAUCCGUCCCAUCCACCACCUCCUGCUCCAUACCAGUCCAGACCUCAGCCUCUGUCUCCCACCGUGAGUCUACCUGCCACUAGUGGACUAAUGAGAGCCCCGCCCAGUCGACCAUCGCGACCUCCGGCAGCAAACACUCCCUCCCCAGACCCACUCUCCCUCUCCUCCCGUCCACCUCCACCCAGACCACACCCACAAGCCGCCGCCCAGCAACCUCUUCUCACGAUCCUCUCGGUCCAAGACCACCAAAGGAGUUCGGCCGGAGAUCACAGUUAUGUCAGCACAACCAAUGACAGGAGAGGCAAUAUCACUCCCAACAUCACCUGAGGCCCUGUCCCCCUCACACCCUCCCCCCUCCCCAUCCUCUCAGUCCCCCAGAGUCCCAGCUAGGAGAGCGCCCGCCAGACCUCCACCGUCCAGAAAGACGGCACCUCCAACGGAAAAAGAGUCCUCCCCUCCCCUCCAGGUGACAGACGGUGGCUCUGAGACUCCACCCUGUCCGGUAGCUCUGCCCAGACGACCAAAGGGUGGCGAGCAACCGAGGAAACCUCCCUUGAGGAAAUCAAACACCCUUCCACCCGAGCCUAGACCUAACCCUGCUCUACAGAACCCGACUCACAAACAAGCUCCUCCAAAGCCUGCUCCAUACAGAGGAUCCCGACCUCCACCACCCAGACCUCAGGGAAGGGGUGAUAAACCAAGUGAAGUAAAGACUCAGACUAAACCACCACAGCCCAAGGAGAGAGCACCAGUUGUUGUACCUGAUUCUGCCGUCAAGACGGAAAAUGUGGAAGCACCGCAACCAAAACAGAGGGGCAAGUCGGUGAUUACGGCAGUUGACAACAAACAGUCGCAGCCUAGCAAAGAGCUGGAAACAGACAAGCCUGAAACAACGGAGUUACCACAAGCUCCACAAAGGACGAAAUCAGUGACUACGACAGUGGACAAAGCACUGUCCAGAGAAACCAGCAGAGGGCUGGGAAAAGAACAGCACGAGACUGUGGAAGUACCACAGGUAAAACAGAGGACAACAGCAGCAGUCGACACACAACAACCGCAGCCCAAAGAAACCAACAAAGACGUGGAGAAAGACAAAACUCGAGAAGUGACUCCGCCAAAACCGAGACGAGCGGUUCCAAAAGAGGCGGUAAGUUCAGGCUCUCCUCCCCAGCCAAGACCACGUGCUGCCUCAGCCUCACGGCCCCAGUUCCACAAACCCCCACCUCCAACUGAACCAUCUCCACCAGCUAGAACAAGACCAGCUCCUCCAUUAUCAUCAGUGGUACCUAGCAAACCUAGACCCCCUCCUCCUUCACGACCUCCGGCAAAACGAGACUCCUCCACUGUGGAGAUUACACCCACCGAACAGGUCCCAAAACCAAAGAGAAGAAGUCAGUUGCUGCACUCAGCCUCAGCAGAGGAGCCACCGAGUCACCAGUCAGAGGGUCCCACACCAGCAGAGAAGAAAGUUGAACCUCCCACCGGUGAAUCUGUUGACAGCUCUACUACCAACACAGAGAGAACAGGAGAUAGAGUUCAGAAAAGGCCUGGGAAACCGCCACCUCCAAGACAAGCCAAGAAGAGUGAGGGAAAGCCAGAGGGCAGGGUUCUUCAGAGGAGAAUGACGAUGCCGAGCAAGCCACCUCCUCCGAGAACAUCAACUCAACCUCAGUUAGGUUCGAAGGUCACUGCACAGGAGAAAUGCAGUGGGGAAGGGGUUAACCAACCAGUUGCCAAGCGAAGAAUGACUGUUGCCAGUGAGCAAAAGACGGGAACAAGUGAGGGAAAGACUUUAGCAAGCGAAGUUAAGUCAGCAACUGGUGAGGGGGGAGAGGGAAAGAGUGGCGGGGAGGAAGAGGUGAAAGUGACUGUAAAGAAACCAGCGAGACGACGGAUGCCGAUGGUGAUUCGUCCAAUGGAGGACGAGGAAGAGAGGACAAGUGGAGAGGGGAAGUCUUCCGCGACGACUAAGACCAAGAAAACAAUUGCAGGGAGUUCACCAAAACCAGCCAGACCACCAGGUAGACCGACUGCCCAGCCCAGCAGGAAGCAGCAGGCACCUCCUAAACCUAGUACACCACCAUCGUCACCACAACAGGCAGCUGCUGACAAAAGCAAGCCACCUUCUGAGGAUACCAAGGUGGUUCCAGAAAACAAGGCACCUCCUAAACCUAGUAAACUACCAUGGUCACCACAACAGACAGCUGAUCAAGGAACUGACAAGAGCAAGGCACCUUCUGAGGAGACCAAGGCGGUUCCAGAUGACAAGUUACCAUCUCCACAGCCAGUGACAAUAGCAGACGCCCAGGUAGAGAGCAGCGGUUCUGAGACUGCACAGCCGCGGGAACGGACAGAGGAGGCUGAAGAGAUUCCUUCACAUUCACAAGCACACUCUGAACUACAGAAAGCUGAACGUGCCAGUGCGACUAACAGUUCAGUGGGAAAAUCCGAAGAAGUAGUCGAAGAGGUUGGAGUAGGAGAGAAGGAAGGUGUGGCGGACGGGGAGCUCCACGACGCCACGAAGACUGAAGAGGAAGAAACCGGCGUUGUCCUGAGACUGAAGGAACCCGCCGUAACUCAGCUGGAGACGUACCCAAAGCGGGCCAGACCGAUGUCCGUGCCUGCUGGUCGGCCGGGGAGGCCUCCCAAGCCGGGGGCUCCGCAGCCGCUGGUACAGGGGAAGACGAAAACAAAACCGGCCAGACCUCCUGGCAGACCUGCUCAGCGCCCCGCCCAGGGACCGUCGAGACCUUCCCAGCCUACCAAGAAGGCUCAGACUCCAGUGGACCCGAAUGCUCCACCAGAACUGCCACCAAGACCUGGUCCUGGGCACAUCCUCUACAGAUAUGUGUGUGCGGUGCCGCAUGGGAUUGCUCUGGCCAACCACGAACCAACUGACCCUUCAGAGCUACCCUAUGAGGUGGAUGAUGUUAUAGAACUGAUAGAGAAGGUGGACAAUGAUUGGUUCUAUGCCCGCAAUGCAGACCUGGAGAUGUGCGAGGGGAUGAUCCCGGCCAGAGACCUCCGUCUGGUGAGGAAACUGGCGGGUGAGAGCACCGUGUCUGGGUUUGAGGAGGGCCCGUGUGCUGUCGCCAUGUUCACCUUUCAAGGACAGACUGAGGACGAGCUGUCUUUCAAAGAGGGAGACCUCAUCAUGCUCAAGACCAGAGUGGGUCGGAAGUGGCUGAGGGGGAAACUGGUCACCGGUCAGGAGGGAAUUUUUCCUCGCAACUUUGUGGAGAUUGUGGAGGAUCUACCAGAGGACGCAGUUGACGAAACACCAGCUCCUACACAGAGCCAGAGCACCACUGAAAUACACGGUCCUCAUUGUGUGGCAGUGUAUGAGUUUGCAGCAGGCGGACCAGACGAACUAUGUCUGAGGGUUGGAGAUAGAGUUGAGCUCCUGGCCAGAGUUGGCAACGAGUGGCUGAGGGGCAGACUCGGAGGUCAAGAGGGGAUAUUUCCAAGAGAGUUCAUAGAGAUCAGAGAGGAUCUGCCUGCAGACAAUCGCUCAGAUGUCCUUUCGAAGGCACUCUAUGAUUUUGACGGGCAAGCAGGAGAGCUGUCUUUCAAGGUGGGUCCAGUUCCACCCAGGGCACUUUUUCUAGUGUUGUCCUUGGAUUGUGUGAUGCCUUGUGUUGACAGUUCAUGCAUAUUGUUCAGAUACAAGAAUUGUUGUCCUGGGUUUUGUUGCUUUGUCCUUGCCCACAUACAAUCAUAUGUACAUAUGUAUGUAAGCAUAAGGAUGACACAAUUCACUUGUUGAAUGGGGACUGGGAGCUAUUGAAUGCCAUUGGGAACUCCCAAGAGACGCUUUAACUGUGGUGUUCCUGAAUCAAUUAGUGGCAGAGGUAAGCCUGUGAAUACAGCAGCUAAUCAAGUGUGUUGCAGUUGGCGGUGUGUAUGCAUCUGUCACUAAUUUCAUUGUGGGCGUCUCAACUGCUCGUGCAGGCGGGAGAGAGGGUGAGGGUCACUGCUAGGGUCAACGAGGAAUGGGUGGAGGGAGAAACAGAGGACGGAGGACAAAGAGGAAUGUUUCCCGUGUCCUUUGUUGACAGGGUGGCCCCUGACUUGCCUAAUAAGACGCCAGCCGACACAGAGCCCGCACAAACUGCCCAGUCUGAGACGGUGGCGACUGGCAAGUGCGAGGCUCUCUUUGAUUUCAACGCUGGGAAUUCCGGUGAGCUGUCCUUCAAAACUGGCGAUGUCAUAUUCACGCUGGAAUGGGUGAACGAGGAAUGGAUGAACGGAAGAAUCGGCGACCGGGAGGGAAUGUUUCCUGUCGGCUUUGUGAAAGUACUGGAAGAGUUACCAAAACCCAAAGAUCAGAAAGACACUUCAAAAGCACUCUCCCACCUGACAAAGCUAGACGACAGUCUUCUGCCAAGAGCUGAGGCAUUGCGGGACUUCACUGCCACUAAUUCCAGCCACCUCAGCUUCAGGGCUGGAGAUGUGCUCAAUCUACUAGAGAGAAUCAGUGGUGACUGGUACAGUGGAGAGAACACUAGGACUGGUGACUUUGGAGACUUCCCCGCCAGCUCUGUUCGCGUCAUAGAGCCGCUGCCUUAGCGAAGACUGAGUUCUGUGUCUAGAGUGUCUGUUUUUUUAGGUAUCCAAUAAUUAUUAUGGUUCUAUUGCGCAUGCUCUGAAAAUCAUCCACGCGCGGAUGGGUGUUCUCUUUUCUAAUUGACGCGCACCUGGUAGGCAUGGCGGUGGGGAAGAACAAACGGCUGACCAAGGGGAAGAAGGGGUCCAAGAAGAAGAUUGUGGAUCCGUUCACGAAGAAGGACUGGUACGAGGUGAAGGCUCCGGCGACCUUUCAGACACGGAGCGUUGGGCAGACCCUAGUCACCAGAACACAGGGCAAGAAGCUGGCCACUGAUGGUCUGAAGGGGCGUGUGUUUGAAGUGGCCCAGGCUGACCUCCAGGGAGACGAGGUGGCUCACCGCAAGUUCAAGCUCAUCUCGGAAGAUGUCCAGGGAAAACAUGUCCUCACAAACUUUCACGGAAUGAACCUCACCUCUGACAAACUGAAGAGCCUCGUCAAGAAAUGGCAGACUAUGAUUGAAGCGACAGUGGACGUGAAGACAACGGAUGGGUACCUAUUGAGGAUGUUCUGCAUUGGGUUCACGAGACGGCAGCCCAACCAGAUCAAGAAGACGAGCUACGCAAAGGCCAGCCAGGUCCGCAACAUCCGCAAGAGAAUGGUGGAGAUUAUCACUAGAGAGAUCUCGCAGAGCGAUCUGAAGGAGGUCGUCAGCAAGCUGAUCCCGGACAGCAUCAGCAAAGACAUAGAGAAACGCUGCCAGUCUAUUUACCCUCUCCAUGACGUGUUCAUCCGGAAAGUCAAAGUCUUGAAAAAGCCGAAAUUUGACAUGCUUCUCUCUGUGUUCCUUGCAGUUGGUAAGCUGAUGGAGAUGCAUGGAGAUGGAGCAGGAGGCACUAGAGUUGACAGAGGUGGCUACGAGCCACCAGUACAAGAACAGGUGUAGGCUCCCAGCCCAGAGACUGUGUGCCUAGGACACUUGCUCUCUCUAUUGUGUCAUGUGUCUUGCCAAUUGUAAAAUACAGCAGCACUCUAAUGUGAAUGAAUUGAUCCUAUGUGGUUGCCAGUUG